AUGGAUCUUUUGCCUCCUGUGCCACAGUCGCCUCGCCCGGUACGUUGCUUCGAUGUGGAGCGGCGCAAGAAAUUGCUUGCCUUGGCUGACGUUUUGCUGAAAGCUGAGCCGACAGAAUGUACGGCCCGAACCGUGCGAUAUUUGUGUAAGCUCGCUGUGCCAUUUGCUGAGCCUGCCCCAGUCCCAAGAUUGGAUUGGCUCUGUGAAAGGACUGUUGAUGAAUUUGAUGCCUUGAUCCAUUUUGAUGCUUCCAGCAUCUCUCACAUGGCCCAGCUGGUUCCUCAGAUGAGGACCAUGAGCACGGUGCCCAUGCUAGACCUGGAGGACUCAAGGUGCCUCGGCACGCCCCACGAAGAGGAGUGCUUCCGCGAGACGGUGGCACCGCGCUUUCCGGCCUUUGAAGAUCCGCAGUGCGCCAUGGGGGUGGCGCUGCGGGGGAUCUUCUUGUCUGCCAAGAAACCCUAUAACGAGUUCCAAGACUCCAAUGCGAUCUUGCCGGACGGGAACAUGCAAGGAUUUGAUGAGUGCCUUCUCUACGGCAAUGACCAGGCGAGUUGCUGUGUGAAGGUUCGCUUUUGCAAAUGCGACGCGCAUCCGGCAGAGCACGUCGGCUGCAACUUAGGCGUGGCUGCCGAAUGCGCCAUCUGCUUGAUGCUCAUCCCUCCCGUCCUCGUGCGACACAGCGGCUGGGGCAAGAUGUUCUCUUGGAUUCUUCGACAGCUGGAAGCCGUCAGCCUGGCACGGCAGUCCUUGGUCUUGGAACCUGAAGCCACCGAUCUGCUGAGGAGCAUCACCUGGGGAAAGCUUCGCAGUGGCCAGCAGCACCGCGACCUCGUCCGCAUGAGCAAUGCCUCGGGACCCUUGGGCGAACGACUCAUCACCGCCGUGGUGGAGGACUUCUACACGCAACAGAUGGCCAAUACCAAUCCCUUGGACGCCUGGGCGCAGGCGGUGGAGAUAGGCAGCGGAGGGCGUGCCGCCUGUAAGUGA